GAUCCACCAUGACGGACAGCAUCAUGAGCAAAGCUGCCACGAUGGAAAUCCCCAUCAACAGCAACGGAGACACGAGGACGUCUGAAGACGAUAGUCUCGAACAGAUUCACUGGAGCUUAGAGAGGAAGAAAUACAGUGCAGGAAAGUAAGUUGUGUAACAUCUGUGCAGUACAUCACUGAAGGGUGUGUUAAACCUGUGUGUGUGGAGGAGAGGAUCACACUGACACACUGAUGACAUGUCUAAGUCUGACAUUAACUCUGAAUUCAGGUUAAUAUUCUGUGUGUGAACAUUAUUUUUGCCUUUGUUUAGUUCGGCAGCGUAUGUGGUUGUUUUAUUAAUUUCUUAUCUAACUUCUAAUGUUAUUUCUAAUUUAUCAGCUUUUUUUUUUUAAUUUAUAUUCUAGAAAUUCUUAGCAAAUAUGGGAAUGAUCAGCAGAACCCUGUUUAACUGUGUACAAUUCUUCACUGUAAUAUUUCUAAUAGAAUAAUUGAGGUAGAAGCGUUUAUUUCUGUCACAUAUACAUUACAGCACAGUGAAAUUCUUUCUUCACAUAUACCAGAUUCUGUGCAUGCUGAGGCAUUAAGAUUUCCCUUCACUGGAUUUAUGCUUCAGCAUGACAAUGCAUCUGUGCACAAAGCACAGAGCUCUAUGAGGACAUGGUGUGUGAAGGUUGGAGUGGAAGAACUCAAGUGUCCUGCACUGAGCCCUGACUCUGACUCAACCCCACUGAACACCUUUGGGAUGAACUGGAACACCAAGUGAACCCCAGACCUCUUCAACAUCCCAACAUCAGUGACUGAACUUAGGAAAAGAGGGUUAAUGUAGAGUGGGAUGUGCAACAAGCACAUAUACCUCUGAGGAUCAGGUGUCCAAGUAUAUAUACAGUAUAUACUAGUAGUGUAAGAAGGGCUGUAAAUAAUAAUAAUAAUAAUAAUAAUAAUAAUAAUAAUAAUAAUAGUAAAGAAUAAUGCCCUUAUCCAGAGUGACAUAUUCAUUAUCGAUAAAUACAUUAACCCCGGUUCAACCUAACUUAAGUCUUUCCAGAUUUUUUUUUUUGUUUUGUUUUGUUUUUAUAAAGCGCUAGUUUAAGUGUUUUAGGAAGACAAAGGUCUUUACCAGUCGUCUGAAGAGAGCCAGUGACUCAGCUGUUCGGACAUCUAGGGGAAGUUCAUUCCACCCCUUGGUGCCAGAACAGAAGAGUGUACUGAUGUAUACCUUCCUCAUACCCUGAGAGAUGGUAGGACCAGAAGAGCAGAGCACAUACGUGAGCGCGUCAAUUCCCACAAACAAUAACAAAAUUCCGUAGACAAAACAAGUGUACGAAAAUAAAUCUCACAGUACUAGUAGUAAUAUAUUAUAUUGCAAUAGAAUCAUAUAGCAAAUCUUUAAAACAAAUGAAAUGCCAUUAUUGAUGUAUUAGUUGUCGAUAUGUUGUCUGUCAGUGGAAUAAAAUUAUCACACAUGUUUAGAAAUAGGUUGUUAUAACGUUAUAUAUGCUUUAAGCAAUAAAAUAAGUAAGUCUUUUCUCAAGAAUGGAGCUCUCCUGCUGAAUGAGAGUAGAUGUGGUGUAGCUGUGGUGGUGUCCUCUGAUCUGUGCUGAUGGUGUUUAUGAUGUUCAGGACCUGCAGCAGGUGAUGGUGUCCGGGCCGAACCUGAACGAGACGAGUAUCGUGUCAGGCGGAUACGGAGGCUCGGCCGAGGGCAUCAUCCCCACCGGCUCCAUCAAAGGCCCAGCUAUACUUUUCAACGAGGAGUAUUUUGAAAGAAGAUGCGGAAACGUCCCCAAGCCAGACCUUCGCUCCAAACCUAGGAACUUUCCACCCAGUCAUUCAGCUGCUCAUCACAUAUCAUACCAACCAGAUCAUUACACAGCUCCCAGCAUGCACCAGAGUCACAGUAAUCCAAGCAUGAUGUCGGAGGAGGCUACACGUGGGAUUGCAGUGGAGAAAUUUGACAGUGUGAAGAAAUGGAGCAUCAAUACUUACAAGUGCACGAAACAGAUGUUCUCGGAGCGGUUUGGUCGUGGCUCGCGGACCGUAGACUUGGAGCUGGAGGCUCAGAUCGACGUGCUGCGUGAAACCAAGCAAAAAUACGAGCACAUCCUGAGACUGGCACAAGCGCUCACCACUCACUUCUACAAUGUAGUGCAGACGCAGCAGGCGCUGGGAGACACCUUCGCUGAUCUGAGCCAGAAAUCUCCAGAACUGCAGGACGAGUUCGGCUACAACGCAGAGACCCAAAAGCUGCUGUGUAAGAACGGAGAGACGCUACUGGGCGCAGUAAACUUCUUCGUGUCAAGCAUCAACACACUGGUCAAUAAAACCAUGGAGGACACGCUGAUGACCAUCAAGAUGUACGAGAACGCAAGGUUGGAGUAUGAUGCCUAUAGGACAGACCUGGAGGAGCUGAGUGCUGGCCCGCGUGACGCUGCUGCUGUAUUGCGUAUCGAGUUCGCCCAGCAGGAGUACCAGAUCCACAGAGACAAGUACGAGCGUCUACGGAACGACGUCACCAUCAAGCUCAAAUUCCUGGAGGAGAAUAAGGUCAAGGUGAUGCACAAGCAGCUCCUCCUUUUCCACAACGCUAUCUCGGCCUACUUCGCUGGCAACCAGCAGCAGCUCGAACAGACUCUCAGGCAAUUCAACGUGAAGCUGAAGCGGCCCGGCUCGGACAGACCGUCAUGGCUGGAGGAACAGUAAUAUCUUAUAAGACACGGUUAAUCUCAGCCUCGAGAGACUCAGACAGGCUGGAGGAUGGAGUGAUGUUUUUUUUAUGACGUAUAAGAAAAGAGACAGAGUGAGAGACAGAGAGAGACACAUCCCAUGAAUUUUGUCUUUGUAUUGAAUUUGUCAUGCAAAGUAAAGUGGAACAUAAUCACAUUUUUGCUUAUAUGUACUGUCAGGCAGACCGGUGAGGGCAGUUGUUUUAUUUCCUUUUAUUGUAGACCGGACCAUAUUCAGAGUUGUGUCCUUAAUAAAUUAAAAAAUAAUCCUGAUAUUGUAAUUACAGAUUUGAGAUGCACAGUGUUGACUAGUAAAGGAGCAGUUCAGUAUAACUUUGGCUCUACUUUCUCACAAUUAGUCAUAACUAUAGUUUGUCACAGUGAAAUUUAUGUUUUGGUUAAUCACACACACACACACACAAAAAAAACAUGGUGCAAUUUAAUUUCUGGUCGAAAAUACAUAAAUAUAACUCUAUUAACUAAUUUAUUAAUUCUCCAAAUCAAGGGUAAUUAAUUAUCAGCACAGGAUAUAGAAAAUAAAUAAAUAUGUAAAUAACAGGAUGUGCUGUUUUAUAAGUUAAAUAAUGAGCAUGGAAGCCAUAUUGUUAAAUUAAACCAAUAUUAUUUACUAUUAAUAAUUACUUAAUUGGGGGGCACUGGGGGGCACGGUGGCUUAGUGGUUAGCACGUUCACCUCACACCUCCAGGGUUGGGGGUUCGAUUCCCGCCUCCUCCUUGUGUGUGUAGAGUUUGCAUGUUCUCCCCGUGCCUCGGGGGUUUCCUCCGGGUACUCCGGUUUCCUCCCCCGGUCCAAAGACAUGCAUGGUAGGUUGAUUGGCAUCUCUGGAAAAUUGUCAAGAGUGUGUGUGCCCUGCGAUGGGUUGGCACUCCAUCCAGGGUGUAUCCUGCCUUGAUGCCCCAUGACACCUGAGAUGGGGAGGCACAGGCUCCCCGUGACCCGAGGUAGUUCGGAUAAGCGGUAGAAAAUGAAUGAGUGAAUGAAUUACUUAAUCAUUUAUUCAUGCAUAUUUUGGUUUAUUUUAUUUUCCAAAAUUAAUUAUCUCUAAUUUGGCUUUAAUUUGGCAGCUCUCACUGUAUUUAAUAUAUGUAUUUAAAACUCCCACCGUUUCCUUCUUCACUCUAUUUUCUAUCCCUCAUUUUUAUUUUUAUAUUUUUUCAUCUUUUCAGGUUUAAAGGUAAUCGCUUCCGAUUAAAAUCAGUGUUCUAGGUGCUUCUGUUCAAGAAAAGUCUGGAAACCUUGAAUUACGCUAAAACGAAAUAUAAAAUCUGGACAAAAAACCCUGAAAGCUCGGGCAGCUGGGGAUGUGGUAGCUUUGUGGUUGUGAGUUUGAAUUCCAGGUCCACCAAGCUGAAACUGCUGGGCCCCUGAGCAAGGCCCUUAACCCUUAAUUGUGAAAGAUGCAAUGUAAGUCACUCUGGAUAAGGACGCCUGCCAAAUACCAUAAAUGCUAAAAAAAAAAAAAUCAACUUAAAUACCUGUGAAUACUUGCAAAUUCCACCCUGUAAAUAUUCCGGUAAUUAUGGAAUUGUUUGGAAUAGUCAACUCUGAAUACGGCCCGGUGACAGGAAAAUCGUGUACGUGUGCAGGAGUAUUGUCUGGUAAGGUGUGCUGGAAUUGAGGCAUGCUGUGAAUAACUGUUUACAGUACAUGUCCUACGUACAAAGUUUUAUUCAUGUAUAUUCUUGUGUAAAUUACAGUGUAAAGUCCCACAUAUCAAAUUAAACGCAGUUUG